UGGCAACGUUUUCAUGCAAACCGAAUCACUUUUACUACUCAAUUUAAAAUAUAUUAUGCUACAAAAAGAUGGAAUCGUUGGAGAAUAAAGUUAAUAAUGAAAAUCUAAAUGUUUUAAAUACCAAUAAUAAUAGUGCUAAUAAUAAUAAUGUACCUUCAAUGGAGAAUGUGGAAGUGGAUUUAUCUAAGAAUAAAAUAGAUGCCAAGAAAGAAAAAUGUAAACCAAUGACUAAAGUUGUUAUAAGAAGAUUGCCACCUACAAUGACUCAAAGUCAAUUUAUUGAACAAGUUUCACCACUUCCUGAACAUGAUUAUUUUCAUUUUGUUAAAGCUGAUACUUCCCUUGGCCAAAAUUCAUUCUCUCGAGCCUAUAUUAAUUUUUUAGAACAACAAAAUAUAUUUAUGUUUCGAGAAAAGUUUGAUAAUUAUGUAUUUGUUGAUUCCAAAGGUAGUGAAUAUCCUGCUGUAGUGGAAUUUGCACCAUUUCAAAGGUUACCAAAGAAAAGAAUUGGUAGAAAGAAAGAUCCUAAAUGUGGUACUAUAGAAUCAGAUCAUUAUUAUAUUAAUUUUCUUGAAAGUUUGAAAAACCAAGAAACUGAUUCUUCUACCUCACAACCAAAAACUGAAUAUUCAUAUCAACCAUUUGAUAAUUCACUAAAAAGAGUGACAACAACACCAUUAUUGGAAUAUUUAAAACAACGUAAAGUUGAGAAACAACGUUUGAAAGAUGAAAAACGUGAAGAGAGACGUAGAAGAGAUUUAGAGAGGAGACGUGUCAAAGAUGAACCAACUAUAUCAAAGGUUUUGAAAAAUUCAGAUUCUGAACGUGAAGUUAAUCGAGAAAAUAAAGAGAAUAAAGAUGAAAAGGAUAAAAUGUCUUUGAAAGAAAUAAAAAAUCGUAAACGAGAUGAUCAAAAAUGUAGAGAUAAAAUAGUUGUUUCUCGAGAUCGUGAUUCUAAAGGCAUACCUAAGGGUUACAGAGAUCGAGAAGAUAAAAAAUAUGAACGAGAUAAUAAGAAUGGUAAUUUAAAAAAACAUGAUGAAAAGAAAUUAUACUCAAAACAACGCGAUGAAAAAGAUGGUUAUUCAAGGGAUGAUAAAAAAUAUGACGGUAAAAAUUACUUUAAAGAUCGAAAAGAAUUUAAAGAAGACAGUAGUUUGCAAAAAGAAAAAACGACUGAUGAAAAAAAAGGUAAAAGUUAUGAAAAAAUGAGACAAGAGAAAAAACGAAUGGUGGAAUUGAAGAAAGGAGAAAUAGAAGAAAAUAUUAAUACUACACAAAGUACAGAGAUCGAAAAUAGUAAGAGCGAUACUAAGAAUUAUGUAUGUAAUGUUAAUGUGUUGCCAAUUAAAUCAUCACAAACACAACAUGAUGAUACUCAAAACACUGAUGAUACAAAGCAGACACAUAAUUCAAAUAAAUUGCAACAAAAUACUGACGUGAAUGUCGUAGCUAAUCAAAUAGAUUCAACAGAAGUUUUAUUAAAUAAAUUAAAAAUUAAUGAAGAAAAUAGUAGCAAAGAUAAUGCAACUUUAUUAAAACAAAAUAUUAAAAUUUCAAAACGAAGAAGUUCAUUGGAGAGUGGUAGUGGUGGAGAAGGAAGUGUCACUGAUAGCACACAUCUUCGUAGGCAUAAAUCGUUGGAUGGUGAAAACGAAGAUAAUUUACAAAAAAAUGAAAGUGAUGAAAAAGAUAAAGAUAAAAAGGAUCCUCGGCUGGAACGAAGAAUUAGAAACAAAGAUCGUCCGGCAAUGGAAAUUUAUCGACCAGGAAUGGGUAAAUUCAGCAAACAACGUUUAGAACGUGAAAAAUCUACUCAUGAUGAUCGUGCUUCACUUUCACAGAGUCCUACACCUUUAGCUAAAGGAGGACCAGUUAAAAUUAGUGAAAAUCCAUCAACGUCUUCAACAUCUACUGAGUUGCGUUCUAUGACUUUCAAACGUACUGUCAGUCGCGAUAUUUCAUAAAUAAUCUAUAUUUACUAAUUAAUCAAGUUAAUUUAAUUUAUAUAAAUAUAUCAAAUAGAGUUAUAAUUAUUCCAAAUAUAUUGUGAUGAUUCAAGGUAAAUUCUUACAAUAUUUAUUUCACAUUUAUUGAUAAAUUCGGUGAAAGCUAGACAUUUUUUUGAGCCCAAAAAAUAAAGAAUUACAUAAACAAUGGCCCCAAUGGAACAUUCUUUUUUUUAUAAUUAAACAAAAAGUAAAUAUGUAUCAAUAAAUACAUGCAUACAAUACCUA